CGCAUGUUUCUUGCAAGUCUGAUUGUGGCAUCCAAAUUUGUCCAAGACAAAACAUACCGCAAUUCGGCUUGGGCCAAGAUUGCUGGACUUCCGGUAGCCGAGAUUAAUGCAGCCGAGCGUAUCUUUCUUGAACUGAUUGACUAUCGACUUUACAUUGCCCAGCCGACAUUUGAGCAGUGGCACCAUAUGUUG